CCCAUUCAAUGAUUCAAUGCUUAUAUUUGACACUCAAUUUUCCCAUCCUUUAAAACACCAAACAUUCAAUAAAUUUCCCUCCUGAAGAUAAGAAUUUUUAAGAUCCAAAAACUCAUAAACACCAACAAAAUCAGUCCUCUUUUCAAGAAAUAGACCCACAACAUUUACUACUUUUGGUACCUCAUACAAUCUCACCCUUCUUCUCUCUUUCUCCUUCAGCUCACCAAAUCAAAACCACCCUAUAAAAUCAAGCACGUCAAGAAACACAUACAUGCAUUACAUACCCUCAUAUAACUCAUGCAACAAAGGCACUUAUACUUUCAUACAACUACCAUUAUUCAUCCUAACAUCAUGAACAACAAUAUCGCUUCUUCUUCUUCUUCUUCUUCCUCGUCCUCAUUUUCUUCUUACAGAAUGACCGGGAACACCAUUUCCUGGCCUGUUCUUUCGUUGAAUGACAUCCAAAUCCUUGAAAUCGUCCUUGCUAUAGCAGUUUUCAUAGUGAUACAUUCUCUAAGACAAAAGAAACAUUAUGGUUUACCAGUAUGGCCGGUUGUAGGAAUGUUGCCUUCUUUGAUGUUUGGAAUUAGCCAAAACAUUUAUGAAUGGCUAACUGAUAUCACCACUAGUUCUAAUGGAACAUUUCAUUUCAAAGGACCUUGGUUCAGUAGUCUCCAUUGUGUGGUGACAUCUGAUCCUCGAAACUUGGAGCACUUGUUGAAGACAAAGUUCUCAAACUUUCCUAAAGGGGGGUACUUUAGGAACACCUUAAGAGACCUUCUUGGAGAUGGGAUUUUCAAUGCAGAUAAUGAGACAUGGCAAAGGCAAAGGAAGACAGCAAGCAUUGAGUUUCAUUCAGCACGAUUUAGACAACUCACUGCUGAGUCAUUGCUCGAGUUAGUUCAUAAGAGGUUAUUACCUGUCUUUGAAGAAGAAUCAUUGAGUAAAUCUAUGGCUAUUGAUUUACAAGAUGUUCUCUUAAGGCUGACAUUCGACAAUGUUUGCAUUAUUGCUUUUGGGGUUGAUCCUGGAUGUUUAAGCCUCGGACUUCCAGAAGUACCAUUUGCUCGGGCGUUUGAGAAAGCAACCGAAGCAACAGUUCUUCGUUUUGUUACACCUACAUGUGUAUGGAAGACAAUGAGGUAUCUCAACGUUGGGCCAGAGAAAGACCUGAAAGAAUCAAUCAAAGGAGUAAAUAAAUUUGCUGAUGAAGUUAUCCGAACACGAAAGAAGGAGCUGGCUUUAGAAGAUGAAAACAGUAAGAAAAGAUCUGAUUUACUGACUGUGUUUAUGAGGUUAAAAGAUGAAAAAGGACAGCCAUUUUCAGACAAGUUUUUAAGAGAUAUUUGUGUAAAUUUCAUCCUUGCUGGCAGAGAUACCUCAUCUGUUGCACUCAGCUGGUUUUUCUGGCUUAUUAAUCAACAUCCAGAAGUAGAGGAGAAGAUUGUAGCUGAGAUAUGCAGAAUCAUUGGUGAAAGAGAAAUUGCAGGAUAUGGGGGUAAUAAAGGACCAGUUGUAUUUAGGCCAGAGGAAAUUAAGAAGAUGGAGUAUUUGCAGGCUGCUAUCUCAGAGGCACUCAGACUGUACCCUUCAGUGCCAGUAGAUCACAAGGAGGUUGUUGAAGAAGAUGUGUUCCCAGAUGGAACAGUGCUAAAGAAAGGAACCAAGGUUAUAUAUGCUAUCUACUCAAUGGGAAGAAUGGAAGCAAUUUGGGGUGACGACUGCAGAGAAUACAUUCCAGAGAGGUGGCUCAGAGAUGGACGGUUCAUGAGCGAAUCAGCCUACAAAUUCACCGCCUUUAAUGGAGGACCUAGACUAUGCUUAGGCAAAGACUUCGCUUAUUACCAAAUGAAGUUUGUUGCUGCAUCUAUAAUCUACCAAUACCAUGUGAAAGUGGCAAAAAAUCAUAAGGUUGAACCGAAGCUUGCACUGACUAUGUACAUGAAACAUGGGCUAAAAGUAAAUCUCAUCAGGCGUGAUGAAGCUGAACUUCACAAGUAUCUCAGGGUUAAAUACUAGUAAAAGAUGGUGUGUUUUUAUGUUUUCUGAUUUUAGCUAUUUUUAGUGAUAUGAUUUGUAUAAGAAUAUAUAUGAAGUAUUGGAGUGAAGAAAAUUGAAAAUGCAUACAGAAAAUA